UUUCUUCCUCUGCAAUAUACAGAGCAUUGGCCUGUUCUUGCCUCUUUCCGUAUCCUUCGGUCUCUGCGGGCUUCGACACUGAAGUCCCAAUUCCCGCGAUAUUUCUCGAAGGAAAAAACCCUAAUUCGAUUUUUCUCUCUAUCUCUCGUCGUCAUUAAUGAACAACAUCUCGAUCUCCAUCUCGGACGAAGAGUCCGAUGAGCUCGCCGGGAAAUUGAGGGCCCGAGUUCGUCGAAAACGCAAGAAGCUAGGGUUUCGAGGCAAGAACAACCUCAUUCGUCGGAUCUUUAGGGUUUCGAGGCGGUGGUGGCCGGUCCUUCUCUUUCUUCCAGCGAUCGCUUUGCUUCUCUUCGAGAUCUCAAAGCUCGCUGUAAAACCCCAAGAAGAGGGCAAGUUUUCGGAUCCUGAACCCGUUAAGCAGGCAAAAGUUAGUACGGAACCCGUUAAGGAGGUUCCGGCGAACCUGAACCGACUCGAUCCGGUGACAAGAGUUAUUGGCGGAGUGAGGCAGCCUUGUUUAAAGUUACUUAGCCCUGAAGAAAUAGAGAAUCUGGAGUUCCCCAUUAGUUCAGAACCCAAAUCUCCCAUCAAGAAGGUGGUGUAUAAGUCAGAUUCAGAUAAUCAUAGGGGAGACAAUAUCACAUUGUCAAAACAGAGUGCGGAAGCUACAAGAUUUAAUCUGUUCACGGGAGUUCAAACCCUUCAAGAGAGAGAAGAAAGUUUCAAGGCAAAUGAAACUGCUAUGGUGCAUUGUGGAUUCUACAGUGAACAUGGAGGUUUUAAAAUUUCUGAUGAUGACAAAAGUUACAUGCAAACUUGCAAGGCUGUUGUAUCCACAUGUGCUUUUGGUGGUGGGGAUGAUCUCUACCAGCCAAUCGGGAUGACUGAAGCAUCACUACAAAAGGUUUGCUAUGUGGCAUUUUGGGAUGAAAUUACUCGUUCUGCACAGGAAGCAGAAGGAAUAAAAAUUAAUGAGGAGCAUAAAAUUGGCAAAUGGCGUAUUGUUGUUGUCAAGGAUCUUCCUUUUUCAGAUCAACGCUUAAAUGGAAAAGUCCCCAAGUUUACAUGGUUGCAUUUAAAAUCACGUCAGAUGUUGAGCCAUCGACUCUUUCCUCAAGCAAGGUAUUCAAUCUGGGUGGACUCAAAAUCUCAAUUUAGAAGAGACCCACUUGGUGUGCUGGAGGCACUUCUUUGGCGCUCAAACUCCACCCUAGCCAUUUCUGAACAUGGAGCUCGCAGUAGCCUGUAUGAUGAAGCAAAAGCUGUUGUUAAAAAGAACAAGGCGACUCCUGAGGAAGUGGAAGUGCAGUUAAAUCAGUAUCGACGAGAUGGCAUGCCUGAUGAUAAAAGAUUCAACGGAAAGAAAGCUCUGUCAGAAGCAUCUAUCAUUGUAAGGGAGCAUACACCAUCAACAAAUCUCCUGAUGUGUGUAUGGUUCAAUGAAGUGGUUCGAUUCACUUCACGAGAUCAGCUCAGCUUUCCUUACGUUCUCAGAAGACUAAAUUUACCAGCAGUACAUAUGUUUCCAGUAUGUAUCCGUAAGGAUCUUGUGAAUAGUAUGGGCCACAGGCGAAAGGUGAAACCACUUGAAAGACUAAGCAGCUAAAGACUGAAAAGAGACUCGUCUCAAAAACACUUUACACAUGAAAAAUGCACUUUCUAUUUUGCAGGCGGUUGCAUUAAUCAAACAACAUAGAUAGCUGGCAAUUGAUUUGUUUCAUUUUUUUUUGUAUCAUGCAAAUGCAGUCAUCACUAACAUUGUAAUUCUUUUUAGGUGUUGGUUUAGCCCUUUGGGUGUCACAUUUGUGGAGUUUAUAUUAGAAGAUGCUGUAACGGGUGAUACAGAUUAAUAUACCUCUAAAUGCUCCGUUUGAUGUGCCGGUUUUGAUU